UUUUGAUAAUUUUUUAAAGCAAGACGCCUUUGCCAGCCCCAUCUCCAUUUCUACAAGUGCACCUUUGAGAUCAAUGCUACAAUCAGUCACCAUUCCCGGGAAUACAACCAGCUACACUUUCCUCGACCUAAUUCCAGAUCAGAUCUACAGCCUUCAGGUGAAAGCAUGCACCAGUGUGGGAUGUUCGGUGUCUGGAGUGUCUCAGCUUUUUCGUACGCUCCCUGCUCCUCCCGAAGGGGUUCCUGCACCUCACCUCUACUCUGACACUCCCACAUCUGUUCUCUUAUCCUGGGGUGCGCCAACGAGAAGCAAUGGACCACUGGAACGCUGGGUGAUAGAACGAAGAGUUUCCAGUACCAAAGAAAUCUCCACAGUAGGUCAUCUCCCACCAGAUCCUCCCCCACUUUCUUUCCUGGACUCCUCGUCAGCUCUCAGUCCUUGGACUAGCUACCAGUAUCGACUGAUGCUAAUUAAUCAGGCUGGCAAUUCCACAGGGCCCUGGGCCAACGUCACCACAAGGCCUUCGCGACCUGCUGGUCUCAGUCCACCAAGAGUAAAGGUCUUGGGACCGGAAUCACUUCAAGUCACAUGGUCACCUCCUCUGAUUCCCAAUGGAGAAAUUUAUGGAUAUGAAAUCCGUCUCCCAGAACCCCGUUUCUCCCAUGACACCAGGAAUCUAUCUGAGCUUAAUGUCACCAUCAGAAGCCUUGUUCCAUACAGGAAUUACAGUGUCACUGUGUUGGCUUGCUCAAAAGGUGGAGGACAUGUUGGGGGAUGCACAGAAAGCCUUCCAACUCCUGCUACUACAUUACCCACAAGACCUGGAGGCCUUGCACCUCUGUCAAUAGUGGCAGUCAGUGAGUCUUUACUGGUCAUUUCCUGGCAACCACCAAGCAGGCCUAGUGGACCUAAUAUAAGAUACAAGUUGCUCAGACGUAAAACCCACCAGCCCCUGGCCAUCACCACAGUGCCCACAGUAAAAACCAUGUCCCCAUCCCCCUCUGAAGAUCUCCAUCACUGGCUUCAUGUUUACUCCGGCACCAAAUUGUUCUACCAAGAUAAAGGCCUAAGCAGAUUCACCCGUUUCCAGUACCAGUUGGUUGUUCAUAAUGAUUUCGGUUUCACCUCGGGAGAGAUUGUUACUGCAGUGACCAUGGCAGGGGCUCCCCUCAAGCCUCCAUCUCUGUCUGCUCAUGCUAUCAAUCACACAGCCAUACAAGUCAACUGGACAGAGCCCUCCUUGCAAGAUCUGCAGGGAGAUGUGCAGUCUUUCUUUCUUGCAGUAGAGUCUCCUCAGCCUGGUCUGGUUUUGGCUUUUGGACCGGAGAUAAAGUCCACAGUGAUAAGUGACCUCUGGCCCAGCACCACAUAUGUGGUGUCAUUACAGGUGUCCAACGGAGCACAUAAUACAACUAAAGCAAAAGUUAAUGUCACCACGGCGGAUGGAGAGCCAGAAGGGGUCUUUGCUCCAGAAGUGGUUACAGUAAACAGCAGCACAGCGCGUGUGCUCUGGUUCCUUCCUCUUCGACCCAACGGAGCUAUCACUGCUUACAACGUAUAUGUUAACGAUCGCCUUCAUGGAAGCGUUGACAACAGCUCUGGCUCGUACCUGCUGGUGGGCCUACAGCCUUUUACGGUGUAUAAUAUACAGGUGGAGGUAUGUACAGUGUACGCUUGUGCUCGAAGUAAUGUUACCAAAACAACCACUGUGGAGGACCUGCCUUCUGACUUAGCCCUACCACGAGCACAAGUAAUCAGUCCCAGGUUGGUGAGAUUAGAUUGGUCCCAUCCAGGCAAACCCAGUGGGAUCAUGCUGGGUUAUGAGGUUUUAAGACGGACCCUUAGAACAUGCUCUGACGGGCUGACAGGGAUAACACCACUGUUGGGGAAGGAAUCGGACAGUACAGUUGGUUUAAGGUUUAAAUGUUCCUACCUGCGGUGUCCUGCGACUCAUGGCGUAUGUGGGACACACUGCUUCAUUCCUGAUGAACAGGUGUUUAUAUUUCCUUCAUCUGUCCUUGUCUUUGUAGAUGAAUACUGCUGUCCUGACCACUUGCAGGGCCGGGUCUCAGUGGGGCUGGGUGACAGCUGCUGCGGGGGGGUUCCUUACUCCAUGACAGGCGGCCAGCUCUGCUGCACUGGGAGCUUUCAUGAUGGCUAUGGGGUCCAAUGCUGUGGAGGCCGGAUUGUAGAUGAUACCCUGGUGUGCUGUGGUGAUGCUGAAAGGGGGGAGGUGCAUAGAUAUACUCCAGGUGAGAGAAAAGAAACACAUCAGUGCACAAUCCUCUUUUAUCAGUAUAUUUUCAUAUUUUGA